CAUCAUUCAAAAACUUCAGAAGCCUUUACUCACAAAUUAAUAGAUGGAGAUGCAAAGUACUUGCGACUUGGAACUUCGCCUUCUUCCUCCUUAUGACUCAAGCAGCUCUGAAACUUCACAACCAAAGAAAGAAUCUCAGAUAUUAACCAUUUUCUACAACGGUCACAUAUGUGUUUCUUCAGAUCUUACCCAUCUACAGGUAAAAGCUAUACUAUCACUAGCGAGUAAAGAUAUGGAAGAGAGAUCAUUAUCACUGAGAAGUUCAGACGGCUCGGAUCCUUCAAUAAUCCCAAACAACUUGAACCGGUUUCAUCAUCAAAAGGCCUCCAUGAAGAGAUCGCUUCGUAGUUUUCUUCAGAAACGGAAUGUUCGGAUUCAGGCUUCUUGUCCUUACCACCGAUAAAUCUUUUUAUAUGGUUUCAGCUUUUCUCAUAUUUGACAUUAAGUUAGCACAUUUUUUCUGUUUAUAUGAUUUGCUUUCCUGUGUGUUUUGACGGAUUAUAAAGACCUUUGGUUAGUUUGAGAGUUUUGAAGUUUCAGUUUUGCCAUAACUGUACAAUGUAAAGAAUCAUUGUCAAAUUUAAACCACAUAAAACUAGGAAACAUGAAACCUAAUUAGUAGAUCGAAAUGGUAUAAAUUUCUUGAAAGUUCAUGACUCAUUUAAAACCACGGAAACAUAUAGUAUAAUAUAACGAUUGACCGUUGAGAAAAUCUACAAACUAAACUUGAAACAAACAAAAUUCGUGUUAAUUGAUUGUAAUAAUAAAUAAAGACGAAUACAUGUUUCAGGGUUUUGUUUAUUGAUUGUACUAAUAAAUAAAUUGUAAAUUAUAUACAUUUUUUUCCAAAUUCGUGUUUGAUUUAUUAAAUGUAGCAUUUGAUUUGAUACGCCUAAACUUUCAUUUCUAGAAUAAACAUCCACAUUUACAUAGAGAAGGACCAAUAGGUAGCCAAAACCAAAGACUCAACUACGGAGUCCAAAACAGAUUGGGAAAGCACAUCAUAUAUCGGGAUGAAAUGUUCAAAAAUGCUAGCGAUAAGAAGCUUGCUUCAUCUCAAACUAGUUUGGGGGUCCAUUAGAACUUUGAGCCAUGAGGGACAAUUGCGAUAUGUGAUUGAAACUGUUGGUCAUUCAUGAUACUAUUAGCAUUUUCAAUUGUUAUAUAAUUACCAGUAGGUUG